GCUAUGCUAUGUGUAAGGCUAUGCUCAAAGCAAAACUGCACUACUCUCAUAUGAUUGGUCGAUACGCUUGUGACGUCAUACUUAAAAUGUCUUCCUCCUCAGGUCGACGAGAAGUGUCAGUUUGAGAUUCUGAGCUGCGUUUGAUCGCGUUCUCCGUGUAUUUUUCAUUGUCUGAAUCCCACCCGAUUGCUCUACGUAGGUCCAAAAACCCGUUGACCAAUUGUUGAGACUGUAGAAGAUGACGACUGCCGCUCGCCCAACCUUCGAGCCUGCAAGAGGCGGGCAAGGCAAAGGAGAGACUGAUCUCAGUGCCUUGUCUAAACAGUACUCUUCGCGUGAUCUCCCCUCCCACACAAAGCUGAAGUUUAGAGAGCCUGCUCAGAUGCCCGUCGAUGCCAGCAGAGAGCAUUUGAAGAGGGAUCUUGAGGAAAGAGAGCGGAAGUUGUCCAAAGAGAAACGAAGUGGAGAGAAGAGAAAAGGGGAGGACCAAGAAGACCGCAUCCGCACAGAAGCCAUCUUGAGUGGGAAUCCGCUCAUGCCAAGCUUGGGCUCUGGUGGGGACAAGGCUGAUUUUCGUGUGCGUCGGCGUUGGGAUGAUGAUGUGGUCUUCAAAAACUGUGCCAAAGGUACCAUGAACAAAAAGACCGGACUUGUGUUUAUUAAUGAUGCCAUUCGCUCUGAGUUCCACAAAAAGUUUAUGGAA